GUUGUUGUGUGGGCGGGCUUUAGUGCUCAGACCGGGCGGGGAUCGAUCUCCUGCUCUUCAUCCGCUUCCCCCUCCUUCGCUGUCACCUCCUGACUCCGUGUUCUCAUCCUGUUUCGAGCCUCACAGCCCUGAAAGCAGAACUGUCCCCGUGUGUCCUCUCCAGCUCGUUUCCCGUCAGACAUGGCAGCCCAGUGUGUCACUAAGGUGGAGCUGACCGUGUCCUGCGAGCAUCUGCUGGACAAAGACAUCGGCUCCAAGUCGGACCCCCUGUGUGUCCUGUUGAUGAGCAGCUCGGACUCCCAGUGGUAUGAGCUGGGACGCACGGAGCAAGUCCAGAACUGCCUCUGCCCGAAGUUCGCCAAAAAGUUUGUCAUCGACUACUACUUUGAAAUCGUGCAGAAGCUGAAGUUUGGGAUUUACGACAUCGACAACAAGACCGUUGACCUGAGUGACGAUGACUUCCUGGGGGAGCUGGAGUGCACCUUGGGCCAGGUUGUGUCCAGUAAAAAACUGACCCGACCGCUCAUCUUGAAGAACAAGUCUCCUGCAGGAAAAGGGACCAUCACAAUAAAUGCAGAAGAAAUAAAGGACAACAGGGUGGCGAAUUUUGAGGUGCAAGCAAGGAAACUAGAUAACAAGGAUUUCUUUGGGAAGUCCGACCCGUACCUGGAGUUCUACAAGCAGACACCAACUGGGUGGCAGCUGGCUCACAGGACGGAGGUGGUGAAUAACAACUUGAAUCCUACAUGGAAACCCUUUCGAAUCCCCCUGCAGUCUCUCUGUGGAGGAGAAAUGGACAAAUCCAUAAAAGUUGAGUGUUAUGACUAUGACAACGAUGGUUCUCAUGAUCUCAUUGGAGCCUUUGAGACCACGAUGACACGCCUCCAAGAAGCAUCACAGUCUUCUCCGGCAGAGUUUGAUUGCGUCAACAGUAAGAAGAAACAGAAGAAGAAAGGCUACAAGAACUCUGGGGUUGUGAGCGUGAAGGUUUGCAAGGUGGUGAAGGAGUAUACGUUCCUGGAUUACAUCAUGGGAGGCUGUCAAAUAAACUUCACUGUGGCUAUCGACUUCACAGGCUCCAACGGGGAUCCCAAGUCUCCUCAGUCUCUCCACUACAUCAGUCCUCAGGGAGUGAACGAGUACCUCUCUGCCAUCUGGUCUGUGGGCAACGUCAUCCAGGACUAUGACAGUGACAAGAUGUUUCCUGCCUUUGGCUUUGGAGCCCAGACUCCUCCCACAUGGCAGGUUUCACACCAGUUUCCUCUCAAUUUCAACCCAGCAAAUCCAUUUUGUGCAGGUGUUGAAGGGGUGGUGGAGGCCUACAGGGUCUGUCUGCCCCAGGUCAAACUCUACGGCCCCACCAACUUCUCCCCUAUCAUCAACCACGUGGCGUGCUUCGCUAAACAAGCCCUCCAGCAGACCACUGCAUCUCAAUACUUUGUUUUGCUCAUCAUCACUGACGGAGUGAUCACAGACAUGGAUGACACCCGCAACGCCAUCGUCAACGCCUCUCGUCUGCCCAUGUCAAUCAUCAUUAUCGGAGUAGGGGGGGCCGACUUCAGUGCCAUGGAGUUCCUGGAUGGAGACGAUGGGCGCCUGCGUUCUCAGACUGGCGAGACGGCCAUGAGAGACAUCGUCCAGUUUGUGCCAUUCAGGCAGUUCCAAAAUGCUCCGAAAGAAGCACUGGCGAAGAGUGUGUUGGCAGAAGUUCCAGGUCAGCUGGUGGAGUUUUUCAGUGUCAUGAAGCUGAGUCCACCCAUCUCCAAACCUGCAUCAAACCCUGCACUAAACCCUGCACCAACCCCUGCAGGGACCAUCUGACAGCACGAGGAGGAAACCAGAGACAGAGCAGUCCACUCUCCAACAGAUAUAAAUCACAUCAUCAGCUUCAUCUCAUCAGGCAAUUACAAAAAAACAGCCACCCCUUAAAUCACACACACACACACACAGUCUCUCUUCUUAAAGUGUCACAAUACAUGUAGCUGUUAUUAGACAUUAACAUCCAUGUUUGUUCAUUUUUUAUUAGCAUUUUUUUUUACUCUUAAAAAAAGUAAAUCAUUAAAUCAUUCCACCAUUUCGAGGCGAUAAGCAGAGAAUUGCACAUUUGAAAUUAUUGAAGCCAUCAGUUUCUGUUGUAUUUCCUAAAACAAAACUGUUUGCCUUCACGUGCCCGUCGGAAGGUCUUAUUUCCUGAUUUGUGAAGUCAGCGUUGCCACUUGGGUGUGUUCAUGUGCUUUGAAGGCCGAAUGUGGAAGAAACACAAACCCUUUAGAGCCUUUACACAUCACUUUGACACCUCUUUCCAAUAUUUACAUGACGAAAAGAAAAAGGAUUAGGUGUGACAGGCACAUAAAAAUAUACGCAUUUUCAUUAUAAAGACGUCUGUGUAGGAUAAAAAGUGGUGUUAGGCGCUUGUGAGAGGACAAACAGUUUGCAUGUGACAAAUUGUACAGUUGAAGACAGAAGCUACAAUUCAGAGCAGAUUGUAAAAUUAUGUUCAUUAGUUUAUAAGUGAUGACGUCAGCAAUUUGUGCACAAAAUUUUGCCAACUUUCCGAGUUGUUGUCCCGACUUGAGAUGACGUUCACAGUAAUUGUCCUAGUCGGUAACUGACUAUUCCGGCAUCGCAUGAACGCAAAAACACAUAAAAAGAUAUUGCAUAAACUCCACCCUGGGUUAUAAACUACCCUGCUGCUGGUUUUUUAAUGCUUCAUAGGACUGUGCCAUUUAUAUUGUAUUUUUAUAUUUUAUGCCUGUUUGGUUGCAGCAUCCAGUUACAAAAGUUCUAUAAAAGAGUCCAUAAGCAUAGAUAGGAGUUGUAGUUGCACAUUUUUUACAUACAUACUAUAUGUAGCUUUGUAGUAUCUGCUGUAUUUGGCACAUGGAAUACAUAUCUGCAUACAUGCCUCUUGCUGAAUAUGCUUGCCUAUGCACUUACCCAUAAUAACAUGAUAUUCUACUAAGGUCUAGUAAUUAACUCAGUGAAGAGCGUGUGAGGUGUAAAUCUCGAGCUGUUACACCUUUUAAGUAUGAAUCUGAAACAUUUUGAGGACUGGAAAAAAAAAAACUCACGGACAGGUACGACUGUUUAAUGAUUUGAUUUAGUUCAGGUUUAGUCUCUGUCAGUUUACUAGAAUCACCUUGUUAAAAAUGUGUGUGAUGUUUUUGGAGGCCUCGGUGCUGGUGAACACAAACUGAACAUGCAUUGGUUUUAGUUGGGCGUUCUGAGUGUAUCAGUAUUAUGCAAGCGCACUGUAGAAACUAGAUACAAUACAGUUUAUUGACAUUCCUUUCAAUGUCAUGUCCAUUGUGAUGUUACUUUUUUUAUGAUUUAUACCACGAACUCUAUAAAAGAUGUAUGUGAUGUUUUGUGCUGAAGAGAAAUGGAUCAUGUGCUAUCAGUGUCAAGCUUCAAAUAAAGUUCUUCUUACUCACUUCUAA